AUGUCUUCUCUGAAUACGGAUUUCGCCAGCACAGCUCUGUCUGAACCCUCUGUUUUGACUACUGAUGAUUCACAGAUAACGGUCGAUACCAAUGAAUCAGUACGGCAAAUUCCCAGUGGCAUUUUUUUAAGGACAGCUGAAAUUCAAGAAACUCCUCUUCCAGGUGUUACUCCCAGUGAUUUUUCGUAUAAUUUAUCGUCACAUCGUUCGGAGAAGGGUUAUGGGAUUAGUUCUUUUGCGACGCAUGAUGCUCUAUUUGCUGGCGGAGCAAAGAAAAGCAGACACGUUACCUUUGGUCUAGUCGAUCUCUAUCACUUCGACCGCUUACAGGGGUUUGCUUGUGUUCCUAGUCAGGGCGGAUCAACCUUAGGAAUGGCGAAUGAGCAUUGGAGUAAGGAACGUGUUCCCGUCUUUGAACACCAAAGUAGGCGAAAGUACCAGCGUUAUUCAGCUCUUUUGCGGUUCUGUCUUGAAGGCAAACUUCUUCUUUCAUUUCAACAAUUUCGGAUGCUCGAAUCACGCGUCAAAUGUCAGCAGCGGUUGUUGACACGAAGAAAUCCAGCUGACCAGUGUAGCAGUGGCUCUGGAGACAUCAAUGAUUUGUGUUUGAAACGACCUUUGGAAUCAUUUGAAAGCCCUAGUGACGAGGAUCUGAGUUUUUUGGAUAGCUUAGAAGAGUACUAUUUUCUGCAACCCCUAUCUGUUAAGCGGCGACGUAUCUUGCUGCGGAAGGCUGGCCUCCAGAAGAUCGAUCCCAUGGAGAAGCACGAAUGUGAAGCCAUCCGGAAGAGCCGUUCUGAAUGCGGCUGCACCUGUGUUACUGGCUUUUGCGACCCACAAACCUGUGAAUGCGCUCUCAACGGCAUUCCAUGCCAAGUAGAUCGCGCCAGAUUCCCGUGCGUCUGUCUCAGCCCCAGCCACUGUUCAAACCCCGAGGGUCGUAUUGAAUUUAACCCCGCGCGUGUGCGCACUCACUACCUUCACACACGUAUGCGUCUGGAGUCUGAGGAUCGGGAAGUUGUUUCAGCUACCGAUUCCUUUGCCCCUAUUAAACGGUCCCGCUUCCUUGAGGUCGUCCUCCCUCACCCCUCAAAGGGUACUUGUGGUGCACAGAUGCCUUGGGAGGAUGUUGAAGGAGAUCAAUCUAUGUUGGCGUCAUCCAAUGCUCUACAAUCAGCCAUUUCUAGGAGUGUGGAAGAGGCGCUCAGUGCAACGGCUUCCAACGGCGGAUGUCGGGAUUGUCAGGAUGAUCGAUAUGUGCACCUUUUGGUGCAGGAACUGCAAUGUCAGCAGAGGCUGCAGAACAGCUUUGAGACUGAAGAAGAGUUAGAAGGGGAGGGAACAGUUGAUUUAAGCCAAAGUGUACUGUUGAACAAUAUUCCCAUUGAUUGCGUCUCUUUUCCUCAUAAUACAGGAAAUGAAGAAGCUGUUUAUGACGACAGGUGUUUCGUUCAGUCAAACACUCAGAUGAACUACACUGCUAAAGGAUUAAGCACUGUUCUGAAUUCUGCUUCUUGUGACGAAGUCGGGGUAGAUGACGAAGAAAAUGAUGAUGAUGAGGAGGAAGAUGAUGGAUGUGAUUGUGGUAGUGCUGGUCUUUCUGAUGGGUGUUGUGCCAGUGAAUUUGGUUGCGCUGCACGCCACCCUUCGCCUGUUGAAACGCCGACCAGUGGGUUGAGCAGUGCGACCGCAUCAAAGGAAGCUACUUCGUCACAGUCGUUUUGCCGAUUGGAGCCGAUAACAUCCCUGUUCCGCAGCUCAAACGAGAUAUCCAGUUCGUGUCCCGAAGUGGAGGAGGAGGAGGAGGAGGAGGGGACUAGUGCAUCUAUCUCCUCCCGUCGCCCACCCUCGGUUUGUGAGGCGGUCAUUGCCUAG